CAGCGCUUGAUCCAAGAAAAGCCUUCCAAAAAUGAGUGUCGCUCGCUAUGAAGAUAUUGUUGCAGGCCCUUUGGCCAAAUUUUUGAGCCUUUCAAAAAGUAUUGGCGGAGAUGUUGCGCAGCAAACUGUUUUUGUGGAGAAUGCCUUCAAGGCACAAUUAGCGUUUAUCACAACUGCAAGCACUGCAUCACAACCUGCUCCUGAUGUCUUACAACAACUAUUGCAACCGACCAGCCAACAGAUAUUAGCGGCUCAAGAAUUUCGAGAAAAGCAUCGUUCAUCGAACUUCGUGAAUCAUUUAGCGGCGAUUAGCGAGAGCAUUGUCGCACUCGGAUGGGUUUGCAUUUCGCCUACACCUGCUGUGCAUGUGAAAGAAAUGCAUGAUGCUGGACGUUUUUACACUGACCGUGUCUUGAAAGAGAAAAAAGGACUUACUGACAAAUCUAGUGAAGAUCAUAGGGAAUGGGUCAGAACGUGGUUGGAAGUAUUAGAAGAAUUAAGGAAAUAUGUAAAGGACAUUCAUACCACCGGAUUAGUAUGGGGAGGAAAGAAAGGCGCAGCUGGUCCUCUUCCUCCACCACCACCACCACCCGCAGAUGUAUUUUCUCCACUCCCUGACAUUGACGAUGGCAAAGAUCGUAGUGCUUUGUUUGCUGAAAUAAAUCAAGGAGAAGGCAUAACUAGAUCAUUGAAGAAAGUCACUUCUGAUAUGCAAACACACAAAAAUCCGACACUACGCCAAGGCCCUACUCCAUUCGUUAAAGCUAAUAUGUCAGAAAAACCAUCAAUUACUAAAGUUGCUAUAAAAGAAAGUGAACCAGUAUUCAAAAGGGACGGCAAGAAAUGGAUUAUUGAACACCAAAAAAAUAACUCAACACUCAAAGUCCAAGAUGUCGAAAUGAACAAUGUUGUGUAUAUGUUCAAAUGUGAAAACUCUACGCUGGUAGUUAAUGGAAAAUUGAACUCGAUUGUGAUGGAUUCUUGCAAGAAGUGCUCCCUGGUCUUUGAUAGUGUUGUAUCGAGUUGCGAAUUUGUUAAUUGCCAAAGUGUAAAGAUGCAGGUUCUAGGAACAGUUCCGACAAUAUCUAUUGACAAAACUGAUGGUUGCCAAAUGUUCCUGGGAUCUCAAUCUGCAGACACUGUGCAGAUUGUCAGUGCAAAAUCCAGUGAGAUGAAUGUUGUUCUUCUAGAUCAUGUUUCAGAUCGAGAUGGAGACAUGGUUGAGCUUCCAAUUCCUGAACAAUUCAUUACGCUGAUAUCCGGAAAAACUUUAAAAACAACGCCAAUCGAAAAUCGCGGUUGACUAUCGUAAAAAUAACUAUUUAUAUAUGAUUCGCCACAUGAGAAUAUUGUGAGCG